AUGUGUGAUAUCCAAAACAACUUCUCUGUAGCCUUUUGCAAAACUACGAAUCGUUUGCGUCUUUGUACUUCAUCAAUCACUGCUUGGAACAAAAUGCGCGAUGAUCAACGUUCUAAAAAGGACAGGCGGACUUAUCUGAUAGUGGAUUUAGGAGGACUUAUCUGGGUAGAUCUAUACCAGUCUUGGACUACGUUCAAACAAACAACGAGAAGAUGUUCUAGAUCCAAGCCGUGGUCAACCGGAACCGAAAUGGAGCGGUGGUCAGCCGUCGUGAUGCCAAGUAUGCUAUGGAUCGAGCUGACGGACGUUGGGUUGAAGGUCGUGAAACUGCGAUUAACGCGAUAA